AAAUACUUCCUGAAUAGUGCAGUUUCAUGGAAAGAACCUUCAAAAUAUUUUUCUAAUAUAUAAGAACAAGGAAGCUACAUGCCCAUAUAUAUACACACUUAUCAUGAUCAUAUCAAGCAUGCAUCUUCUACACAAUCAUCCAUGUCCACACAAUUAAGCAGCAAAACCUCAGUUCAGCAACAUCAAUUGGCAAGUUUAUUUAAUUUCUACAAGGAGAUGUUUGGGGCAAAUAGCUCUUUGGCUGGUGAUGAUUUGGCCUUUCUGGACUCAAUACGGCAAUAUCUUCUUGAAGACGAUUUUGAAACCUUACCAAAGGUUAAUUUAUUUGAUUGUUCAAGCUCAACAAGUCUCCCCUCUAUCGGUGCUUGCAACGGUUUGCCAUUUAAACUUGAUAAUCUACUAGAUAUUGAUGAAGAGAACAUUGAGACUCCGUUAAGCCAGUUUGAUUCAGAGGUAGAGAAAACAACAGUGCCCGCAGCAACCAUUAUAUCGGAGUCUCAAAAAGCUGUGACUAGUGAAGAAGAGGUGGCAAUGGCGCUUAAGGAGAACACGCCAUCUAAAGGGUGGCAAUAUAGAGGAGUGAGGAGGAGACCCUGGGGUAAGUAUGCCGCGGAGAUUAGAGAUCCUAAAAAGAACGGAGCAAGAAUUUGGCUUGGUACAUAUGAGAAACCCGAGGAUGCGGCUUUGGCUUAUGAUCGAGCCGCUUUUAAAAUGCGUGGUGCAAGAGCCAAGCUGAAUUUCCCUCAUUUAAUCGGCUCUGACGAAUAUGAGCCAAUCAGAGCGGGUAAUAACAAACGCAAACGCUGCUCGCCGGAGCGAUCAUCUUCAUCAUCAAGUUCGAGCUGUCUUCAUCAGAGUUUGAUGAUUGUUCUCCAAAUCCAAAGAGGGGAAUGAGAGAAUCUGGAUCAGAUCAUGAAACUGUAGUGUACCAUGGCUGGCCAACUGAAAAUUUGCUUGGUUUCCAGUUAUUGCUGAAGCAAUGUAAUAUGUAAUCUUUUUAUUUAAUUAUUAAUAGUAAUUUUAUUUUCAAUAAAUUUCGAGAAUUAUGAGACUA